AUGGCGACCUAUCUGAGCUGUGUUGUGUAACGGCUGUUGUUGCCAUGGUGGCAUAUCUGCCACUGUCUGUGACUUUGUGACAUCAUCAUCUGAGCCUUUAUAAAGAACUCGCAGAGAGGAUCUGUCAUUUGAGAUCAAGACUCUGAGAAGAUCAGAAGUGUUCUGACUGCUCUGAGAAUUCUCAUUCGAUUUAGAAGCGAUUUAUUCAGAUCUAUCUGAUUAGAUAAGCGAAUAAUAAUAAUAUAUUCAUUUCCUUGUCACAUUUCUAUAUAUCUUUUCGUGACAAAUAUUGGAAAAAUGAGCCUUUGGAAAACGCUUGCCGUUUUCUGCCUUCUUCUGGCUCUGGGUGUAGAAUAUUCUCACGCCGGGCCAGUGUACACCCGUCUGGAUGCUACAGUUGGCUCUAAAGUAGCGAUCCCGUGUAAGGUCCGCACCGAUCUUCUAUCUGGUGCAAGCAGUGUUAAGUUGGAGUGGGGAAUGACUCCGGAAGGAGGAGGUCUCUACACCCCUCUAAUGUACGAAGAUGUGAAAAACCUGCAGAAGGAUCAUGUGGAUUGUUCUAUUAUCAUCGACUCGAUCCGGUAUAGAGACAGCGGAACCUACGAGGGCAGAUUCAUCAUGGACAACGUCCCGUAUCAGCCAUUCAAGGUGGUCAUCAUUCAUGUGACUGAUCCCACGUCCACGGAGACCGCUGAUACCGAGACAUUCAAGAAGCACCAAACAAACCUGAAAACACAAUGGAAGACUCCUUCAGUCGCUUCCACUGAGACCGCUGAUACCAAGACGGUCAGGAAACAACAAAGAAACCUGGAAACACAAAGGGAGACCCCUUCAUACGCAUCCUCUGAGACCGCUGAUACCGAGACGGUCAGGGAGGACCAAAGCCACCAAGAACCACAAUGGGAGACCCCUUCAGUCACUUCCCCUGAGACCGCUGAUACCGAGACGGUCAGGGAGGACCAAAGCCACCAAGAAGCACAAUGGGAGACCCCUCCAGUCACUUCCCCUGAGACCGCUGAUACCGAGAUGGUCGGGGAGGACCAAAGCCACCAAGAACCACAAUGGGAGACCCCUCCAGUCACUUCCCCUGAGACCGCUGAUACCGAGACGGUCAGGGAGGACCAAAGCCACCAAGAACCACAAUGGGAGACCCCUCCAGUCACUUCCCCUGAGACCGCUGAUACCGAGACGGUCAGGGAGGACCAAAGCCACCAAGAACCACAAUGGGAGACCCCUCCAGUCACUUCCCCUGAGACCGCUGAUACCGAGACGGUCAGGGAGGACCAAAGCCACCAAGAACCACAAUGGGAGACCCCUCCAGUCACUUCCCCUGAGACCGCUGAUACCGAGACGGUCAGCGAGGACCAAAGCAAUGUGGAGAUACAGAGGGAGACCCCUCCAGUCAUUUCCACUGAGGAGGUCCCCAUGAUGUCUCCAACAAUGACAAUGACAACGACAACAACAACAACAGAGACCAGUACUUAUGAUACAGGAUUAGUAUUAAUCGAUUUAUGUGUGGAACUUAUCACCAAGACCUUCUAUCAACUGAAGAGAAAUGGCUACCUUCCAUUAGCAUGCAUCUUAGCUGGAGUCGGUCUUCUAGUAGUCAUCGUCAUCAUUUCGAUAGUUAUAAUUUGUUACUGCAAGAAAAGACGCAUCAUGAUGGAGCAAAGCAGAGAUGUGGAAAGAGGAAUCACUGAGAGGAACAAAACGCAAACACAGCUGACUGAAGUGUGCAUAAUAAAGGAAAAAAGACACACAUUGACGGAAGAAGUUUCAGCGAUGGAAGAAGAACUCUCAGUGACUAAACAAAAACUUGCAGAGGUGCAAGAACUCGCAGUGAGGAAAAAAGAAGAACUCGCAGCGAGGGAAGAACAACUUGCAAAGAUGCAAGAAAAACUUGCAGAGACGCAAAGACUCGCAGGGAGCAAAGAAGAACUCGCAGUUAGGGAACAACAACUUGCAAAGAUGCAAGAAAAAUUUGCAGAGACGCAAGAACUGACAGUGAGGAAAGAAGAACAACUCGCGGUUACGGAAAAACAACUCGCAAUUAGGGAAGAACGACUCGCAGUGUGGGAAGAACGACUUGCAAAGAUGCAAGAAAAAUUUGCAGAGAUACAAGAACUUGCAGUGAGGAAAGAACAACUCACAGUUAGAGAAGCACAGGGCUGGCUGUCCUGGCUUUUCAGCGGCCCUGGGGAAGAACAAACACAAUGGGAGACCCCUCCAGUCACUUCCACUGAGACAGCUGAUACCGAGGCGGUCAGGGAGGACCAAACCCACCUGGAACCAGUGAGGGAAGAACAACUUGCAAAGAUGCAAGAAAAACUUGCAGAGACACAAGGAGAACUGUCAGUGAGGGAAAAACUUGCAGAGACGCAAGGAGAACUGUCAGUGAGGGAAAAACUUGCAGAGACGCAAGGAGAACUGUCAGUGAGGGAAAAACUUGCAGAGACACAAGGAGAACUGUCAGUGAGGGAAGAACUUGCAGAGACACAAGGAGAACUGUCAGUGAGGGAAAAACUUGCAGAGAUGCAAGGAGAACUGUCAGUGAGGGAAAAACUUGCAGAGACGCAAGGAGAACUGUCAGUGAGGGAAAAACUUGCAGAGACACAAGGAGAACUGUCAGUGAGGGAAAAACUUGCAGAGACGCAAGGAGAACUGUCAGAAACUAAAAAUGAACUGGCAGUGAAGGAAAAAGAACUUACAGAGACAAAAGAAAGAUUGUCAGGCCUACAAAAAAUGCAUCAAGACACACUCAUGGAGAUAGAAGAAAAAGUCACAGCCAUGGAAGGAGAACUCGCAGUGACGAAAGAACAACUAUCAGCGACUAAAAAAAGAGUGGAUGCGUUAGGACAGACCCUAGUGGACAAAGAAUGUCUCCACGAAGAUCUUGGCCACGGCCGAUGCUUGUUGGUCCCUUGUGGAAAACGCCAGGGCAUACCGAGUGUAAUGGUCAGUCACUACCAGGAUAUUUCUCUGCCUGCUAAGAUCAGGCUCCAAGAACAGAAUGUCAAUGCACACAAAGCUCCAUGGGUCCCUGACUCUGAAGAUGGCCGUUGGGCUAGCUCGCAGACGGGUUUCCUUUGGGGAGUCAGUGAGGAGCAAGUCAGGGCGUUGGUUCUCCAAGGCCUUCAAUGCCAAGCUACAGGGACGGUCCUCCAACUGGUCCCUCCGCAGGUCUUUGACAGCUUCGAGCAGACCUUCAUCUCUGACAUUGCAAUAACAUCUGGGGACACCAGCGGCUGA